UCUCUCUCUUACUUCCCCCCAAAAUCUCUCCUCUUUUCCUGUCACCAAAGAAAAGGCCUCAGCAAACAUUCCGCAGACCUCCCUCAUUUCUCGCUCUGCCAUACCAUUUGUCGUUUCUCUCUCUACACUUGUGAUAACGACAAGCUGUUCUCUCUUUCUCUCUAAUAUCUGCUUUGUUGUUUCGCUCUCUCAUCCCAUAUUUCCAUCCGUGUUCUCGUUCUGUCAUUAUCUUCUUUCACUCUUUCCACCGCAAACAUUCCCGGAACUCUGGGUUAUUUUCUCUCUCUCUCUCUCUAAAAUUUCAGAAGCUUCCUGAAAACAGAGCCCUGUUCUUGCGGGUCUCCCUUCCAAACUCUCCAUAUCGCCAAACUUCAGUACUAUCUCUCUUUCAAACACUUCUCUCUCGCUCUCUCUCGAUAUCUCUAUAUACAACUGAAAGGUUCCAUAAAAACCUGCUGUGCUUCGUUAAACCAUGGCAGUUAUCAGUCCUCGGAUUCAUGUCCCUGCGUUGAAAAUCCCAAACUCUUCUCAGGGAAGGCCCUUUGCAAUUGAUAACUCUUGCGGGCUCUUGCGUGAUUUCAGCGCAGUUUCCCCUGAAACGAGAUCACUGAUAAUUAAGGAUGGCGGCAAGAGGUAUCUGAGCAAAAGAUUGAAUGUCAGUUCCAUGAAGAUGGCUGAUAGAUAUCAAUCAACUGACCAGGUUCCAACCCGUGAUCCCUCAGACCAUCAGCAGUUUACGCCUCAUUUUGGGAGUCAAAUGGGUGAUAAACAUUUGAUGGAGACACUGGCAACUUCUAAUCCACAACGAAAGACAAAAAUUGUGUGUACAAUUGGUCCUUCUACAAGUACACGUGAAAUGAUAUGGAAGUUGGCGGAUGCAGGAAUGAAUGUUGCACGUCUGAAUAUGUCCCAUGGAGACCAUGCUUCUCACCAAAAAACCAUUGAUCUUGUUAAGGAAUACAAUGCUCAAUCCCAAGAUAAUGUGAUUGCAAUAAUGUUGGAUACCAAGGGUCCUGAGGUUAGAAGUGGAGACUUACCUCAACCAAUAAUGCUGAAGGCUGGUCAGGAGUUCACUUUCACAAUCAGGAGAGGAGUCAAUUCAGAAAACGUUGUUAGUGUAAAUUACGAUGAUUUUGUGAAUGAUGUUGAGGAGGGGGACACUCUCUUGGUUGAUGGUGGAAUGAUGUGUUUAGCGGUAAAAUCAAAAACAUUGGAUUCAGUUACAUGUGAAGUCAUUGAUGGGGGAGAACUUAAAUCUAGGCGUCACUUGAAUGUGCGGGGAAAAAGUGCAACCCUGCCUUCAAUAACAGAGAAGGACUGGGAAGAUAUCAAGUUUGGGGUGGAUAACAACGUUGACUUCUAUGCUGUUUCAUUUGUAAAAGAUGCUAAAGUAGUUCACGAAUUGAAGGACUACCUUAAAAGUUGUGGUGCUGAUAUUCAUGUGAUCGUUAAAAUUGAGAGUGCAGAUUCAAUACCAAAUCUUCAGUCAAUUAUUUCGGCAUCAGAUGGGGCAAUGGUUGCUCGUGGAGACCUUGGAGCAGAGCUCCCAAUUGAGGAAGUUCCUUUAUUGCAGGAAGAAAUCAUUACAAGGUGUCGUAGCAUGGGGAAGCCAGUGAUAGUCGCAACCAACAUGUUAGAAAGCAUGAUAAACCACCCAACUCCGACGAGGGCUGAGGUUUCUGACAUUGCAAUUGCUGUUCGAGAAGGCACUGAUGCAAUCAUGUUGUCUGGUGAAACGGCACAUGGGAAGUAUCCCUUGAAAGCUGUGAAAGUUAUGCACACAGUAGCUUUGAGAACAGAAACAACUCUUAUAAAUGGUUCAAGGCUUACAGUCGCCACCAGUACCUUCCAGAGUCACAUGGGCACAAUGUUUGCAUUUCAUGCAACUACAAUGGCGAACACGCUUGGAACACCCAUCAUUGUCUUCACAAGAACUGGAUCUAUGGCCAUAUUAUUGAGCCACUAUCGACCAUUUGCACCGAUCUUUGCUUUCACAAAUGUAGAAAGAAUAAAGCACAGGCUGGCUCUUUAUCAUGGAGUGCAUCCCAUAUAUAUGCAUUUUUCAAAUGAUGCAGAAGAAACAUUUACUAAGGCCCUCUCGUGCUUGCUGAGCCAAGGCUUGAUGAAAGGGGGCGAGCAGGUCACCCUUGUCCAGAGUGGUACACAACCGAUCUGGCGUAAAGAGUCCUCUCACCACAUCCAAGUUCGGAACGUCCAAGGAUGAAGCAUGCUAUCCUAGAGUGGGUCCUGGGAGGGGUUAGCUGGAAACGGUCGUAACCUUUGGCUUUUUAUGCGCAGAGUGGGCGCUGUCAGGACUCGAACCCACGCUCUUGCGCUGGCUACCUGAGCCUUUUACUGUGACGGCCCUAGAUUGAGAAUAGUUAUAAACAAUUUAAAAUGUUGUAAUGGACAGUCUAGAUAAAGUGUUACAAGAUGUACAAUUUUUAGAACUUGAAAUCCUUUUAGGAUUCGAACCCGCGCUCUUGUGUUGGCUACCCGAGCCUUUUACUGUCACAUCAAGUGACAGCCGCUAGAUUGAGAAUAAUUAUAAACAAUUUAAAAUGAAAUUGACAGUCUAGAUAACGUGUUACUAGAUGUACAAAUUUUAGAACUUGAAAUGUUUACUUUUUUAUAUCUCUACAUCUUGAGAUGAUCAACUAUAGGGUUUUUUGAUGUCAGAACAUCCUUGUUCAAGUGGAUUUUUAAGGUGACCUUUUCUUAUGCAAUAUAAGAUUGACAUCUUAUCAUUUGAUG